GGCCCAUUGGUCGCCCGCCUUCCAACCAUUAUCUCCACUCCUCCACCACUCUGUCAGUCUGAAUCCCUCCACUUUGCCUCCUUCUCACAUUCUUCUCACAUUGAAGUGGUAAAAGAAAAAGAAAAAUGAUCUGCAUGCAGCGCGAGAGCAGAAGUUUGCACUGUAAAUGAAUCGGGGCCGAAGUAAAGGGAAGCGAGACAGGAGAGGAAGCACAUUUUGGGGAAAAGUUUCGAGAAGACUGCAGUUGAAAAUGAAUCUGGAGGAGGCGUGGUGAGCAUUUCCUCUCCAAGUGAAAGCCAGCAGGUCACGGUGGAAGCAGAGGUCUGGAAAAAGAGUCUCAACCCCAAACCAUCGCAGCUGCGAAACACGUACAAUGUGAGGCACCUGUUCUCCGACCUCCUGGUGGUAGAGGGCGCUAGUGAUCCCAGAGAUCAUUCUUGCACUACUUGGCUAGCCCUGGAGACAUCUGAAGCCGGUAUGUUUUAAAGUUGUCGUUUGCCUGCAUAUCGUAAAAACAACAGUCCAACAUUUUACAAAUAAUUGUAAACUUAUAGGUGCCGACCAUCAGGGCCGAGUUGUGACGAAAGAGUGUGUCGAUGUUGAGUUGAUGGAGGUGGAUGCAGACGAUAAGUGCCAUCGCACACGCUCCAAAGUGGCUGUGGAUCCUGCAUUAACGGAGCUUUUCAGUGUCUAUGGAUGCCCUGUGGCCAAGAAGAGAAAGAGUCUAGACAGGCAAACCCUGGAGACCUCCCCCAAGAGGAGCACCUACCUCAAUGAUAUGGACAACUCGACAAUGGAGGAGUGCUACGAAACGGACGGAACAGAGGAGAUGGACGACAGGGAGGAGGAGGGAGGGGAUGGAGCGCUAGAGGAAGAGGAGGAGGAGGAUGAGGUGGAGGAGGUAGAAAACUAUAUGGAUUACAACGAGGAGCAAAUGGAGCAUGAGGAAGGAGAGCUGGAGAAAGAGGAGGAAGAGGAGGAAGUAGAGGUGGAGGAAGAGGAGAGGGUAGAGGAUGAUGAAGAAGAGGAGGAGGCUGUGGCGGAGGUGGACUACGAAGAGGAAGAGGAAGGCGAGCAUGGGCCAGAUGAUGACCUGAUGAGCGGCUGUGAAGGCAUGGAGUGCAACGCUGGAAGUGGCGUCUCCAAAUCGGGUCCCACCGGAGAGAAGGACGACAACAACAAUGACGAGUACGAGAACUACGACGAGCUCGUGGCCAAGUCUCUUCUCAACCUGGGCAAGAUUGCGGAAGACGCCGCCAACCGAGCCAUCACAGAGUCGGAGAUGAACAGCAACUCUUCUCACAGUGCUGAAGAGGAGGAAGAAGAGGAGGAUGAAGAUGAGGAAGAAGAGGAGGACGAUGAGGAUGAAGAGGAAGAAGAAGAAGAAGAAGAAGACGAGGAAGAUGAAGAAGAGGAGGAAGAGGGAAGCAAAACGCUACCGGGUGAUCUAAGUUUGGACGUUCAUAGCGAUGUGGUUAGGGAGACAGUAGAUUCGCUCAAACUUUUGGCUCAAGGGCACGGUGCUUUGUUGUCGGACAAUUUAGACGGACAGGACUAUGAAGGGGGCAUGGCAGAUAACAGAGACAGGAAUGACUGUUCCCACAUGGGUGGUAACGGACAGGGAAAGACCACAAGUCACGGACAAUUAGAAAACAGUGACGAGGAAGUUUGUCUAAGCAGCUUGGAGUGCUUACGGAAUCAAUGCUUCGACCUAGCACGGAAACUUAGUGAAACAAAGCCCGCAGACCGCAACGGUUCGUUCCAACAGAAUCAUUACCAAUGCGGGGACCCUAACCAACAACCCCAACAUCACGGCUAUGGAGAGUUCCAGCUUGGCCAUGACGACGGGCGAGCAUUUGACAGGAACUAUUCGGACAUGGACAAUCUCUUGAAGCUAGAGGAGCAGCUGAGCCCGCGAUCCAAGGCUUUCUCCAGUUGCGCGCAGGGAGAUCGGUUUCACCACCGGGACUUCGACGAGGACACAGCCUCGGUGACGUCGGACAGGUCUGAGGAAGUGUUUGACAUGACAAAGGGUAACCUGUCCUUGUUGGAAAAGGCCAUCGCGCUAGAGUCCCAGCGUGCAAAGGCAAUGCGGGAUAAAAUGGAGGCAGAGGCAGCCAGGAGAGACGGGGUGAGGUAUAACCAUGAUAACCACGGCCCACGGCACGCCUAUGGUGUUGAACGUAAAGGACGACUCCAUGAUGGAAUGAAGAAGCUUUUCUAUCAGAAAGAUGCUUCCCGAGCAGACAAGAAGGAGAGUCGCUGUCCGACACCGGGCUGCGACGGCACGGGUCACGUGACAGGCUUGUACCCCCACCAUCGGAGCCUGUCGGGCUGUCCGCACAAGGACAGAGUGCCACCAGAAAUUGUGGCUAUGUAUGAGAACGUUCUUAAGUGUCCCACGCCUGGCUGCACCGGACGCGGCCAUGUCAAUAGCAACAGAAACUCCCACAGAAGUCUGUCAGGAUGUCCCAUUGCCGCAGCAGAAAAGCUGGCCAAAGCCCAGGAGAAGCACCAAGGCUGUGACGGCUCUAAACCCAACCAGGCUUCCGACCGGGUCUUAAGCACGCCUCGAUCCAACCUGGCCAAGGAGCUGGAGAAGUACUCCAAGACCAGCUUCGACUACAGCGCCUUCGAGAACACCAACAACCACCAUGUGUACGGCAAACGGGCUAUCGCACCCAAAGUUCACGGGCAAAGGGAUUCCUCCCCUAAAGGAUUUGACGCCAAGCGUUACUGCAAGAACUCCAGCUCGGCCAGCAGCACCACCAGCACCUACGCUCCCAGCAGUAGCAGCAGCAGCCGGAGUUGUGGAGUUGGAGGAGGGGGUAUGGGAGGAGGUGGAGGCAGCAGUGCCAGUAGCACCUGCAGUAAGAGCAGCUUUGACUACAGCCACGACAUGGAAGCCGCACACAUGGCCGCCACAGCCAUCCUCAACUUGUCCACGCGCUGUCGAGAGAUGCCCCACGGAAUGGGCGGCAAGCCCCAGGAUCUGUGCUCACAGAGUCCCGGCCUGGAUGUUGACGAGAACGGUACAUUGGACCUGAGUAUGAGCAAGCGUCUGUGCAGCGGGGCGGGGGACUCUGUGCUCACUCCUCUAGAGCCCAUGUCCCCCCAGAGGCAAGCGGCUCUGCUGGGCUCCCGCUGCUACGGCAUGGGGGACGCUGCCGACUGCUGGGACCUGCCAGUUGACUACACCAAGAUCAAACACAUAGAUGAUGACGACAAAGAGGAUGACCUGGACCCCUUCCAAGACCUGCUAGAAGACCGCUCCUACACCACAGAUGUUAACAUACCCAGUCCCAAGCCUAAAUUUGCUCAGUGCAAAGAGAGUAAGAAGGACCUGAUCACCCUCUCAGGUUGUCCAUUAGCUGAUAAAAGUAUUCGGAGUAUGCUGGCCAACAACGCGCAAGAGCUCAAGUGCCCGACACCAGGGUGCGAUGGUUCGGGACAUAUCACUGGCAACUACGCCUCUCACAGAAGUCUCUCAGGUUGUCCACGUGCCAGAAAAAGCGGAAUAAAGAUCAUCCACAGUAAAGAGAACAAGGAGGACCAAGAGCCAAUCAGGUGUCCUGUUCCUGGUUGUGAUGGCCAAGGUCACGUGACAGGGAAGUACGCGUCACACAGAAGUGCAUCGGGAUGCCCAAUUGCAGCAAAGAGGCAAAAAGAUGGCUACCUAAACGGCAUCCAGUUCACAUGGAAGUCCGGCAAGACGGAGGGGAUGUCCUGCCCCACGCCGGGCUGCGACGGCUCGGGUCACGUCAGCGGCAGCUUUCUGACGCACCGGAGUCUGUCAGGCUGUCCUCGUGCCACUUCUGCCAUGAGGAAAGCAAGACUCUCCGGAGUGGACAUGCUCACAAUAAAGCAGCAGCGUGGCAGCAACGGCUUGGACCAUGAAGAGGAGCUCAAACAGCUGGAUGAAGAAAUCAAAGAUUUAAGUGAAUCCAAUUCACAAGUGGAAGCGGACAUGAUCAAACUCAGAACGCAGAUCACAACCAUGGAGUCCAACUUGAAGUCCAUGGAGGAGGAAAACAAGGUGAUUGAACAGCAAAAUGACUCUCUCCUGCAUGAGCUGGCCAACCUCAGCCAGUCACUGGUUAACAGUUUAGCUAAUACCCAGCUCCCCCAUAUGAAACCACUGGCACACAAAGAGCCUCUUCUUAGGACUAACAGCUGCUUACAGCUCCACCAGCAAGAGCCAAUCGAACAGAACUUUGAUGCCUAUGUGACCUCCCUAACGGACAUGUACAAUGUCCAGGACCAAUACCACAGUCCAGAAAACAAAGCCUUGUUGGACAACAUCAAGCAGGCGGUCCAAGGGAUCCAAGUGUAACCAUUGUGGACAAAGGAGCUUCUUGUUCAUCCAUGCAAGAUGUGGGCGGCAUCUCAGAAUCCACAAGUGAAGGUUUCAUCUCCUUGAUGCAGAGCAGUUACUUAUAAUGUACAGUGUUAUAUAUUCUGAAUUCUUUAAGAAACCCAGAGGUAUUAUGCUUAGCGAGAGACAUUGAAACAACGCCUUUUCUUUUUGGGGUCUUGCUUCAAGGAAGGACAUACAAGCGUAAAGCAGCAAAAUAGUUUUUGAGGACAUUUUGUACGUUUUCAUAUGAGCUGACAUAGCGCCAUGUAAUGUUUGUAGCUGCUCACAUAUGCACAUUUUAGUGUAUAUUACUGAACAGUAAGCCGAUUCUAACUGAACAUGCGUUCUUUUUAUUGCUCGACCACAAAGCAUUUUAGAUGACAAAAACAAAAAGCUGAGCUCGACACGGACACAAAAACACGAGAAGAGGAACUAUAACAAUGUUUCACCUCAACGGGUGGUUUUAAAUUUCCUUUGUUUUCUUCUAUGUCUUGCUUGUAGAGUUCAAGGGCAAGAACUGGCUUGCAAACUACUUUAUUUUUUUGACAAUGCUUGAAAAAAUGUUUGUGUUUUCUUUUUGAUCUACAAAAAAAUGUGUAGCUGAAAUGGGGGAAUUUUUCAUUGGUGCUGAAGAUGAGUUUGGAGAGGAAACUGACCGGACGUAUGGAUGAAUGUAUGUAUGAGCAGUUAUAUUGUAAACAUCAUUACACGGAAACCCGAUGGUGGAAAUCCCGUUAUUUAGGAGAGCAAAUUAAUUCCCAUGGGAACAAAUCAGUGCGGCGCAUCUAAGGUGGCACCCACCUCAUCAAAAAAUAUCAAACUCAUUCUCAGGUCAUUGAAUGCACAACUGGAAUGCUCAGGUUGUCUUAAAACAGGUUUGGCCUUUCAUCAGAGCAAGAUUCAUCAGGUCAUGUUUAAAGACUAAAUAGGACAGCUAUAUUUGCUGUCCUCUCGUAUCAAUUUCCCCUUUCAUCCAAGCAGACUUCAUCAGUUCAUGCCCAAAGACUAGACAGGACAGCUCAUACUAUAUCCUAUUAUGGUUAAAGACUAGAGGACAGCUUUAAAUACAGUUAUUUUGACUAACUGGCAAAGCCUGGGAGGGAAAAUUAAUAAGAGGGGUGACUAGAUAUGGUCGCUCUACUCCUCUCCAGACUAGAAAGACAACUAAAGCCGAGCAGGUUUCAUUGGUCCAUGCUCAAAGAUUAACUAGGACAGCUCAGACUAAAGCCUAUCAGGUUUAAUCAAUUCAUGCUCAAAGACUAGAUGUGUCAUGAACUGCAGCUUUCCUAUCAAGUUUCCUCUCUCAUCCAGUGGCCUUGUGGUUAGAGUGUCCCCCCUGAGAUCGGUAGGUCGUGAGUUCAAACCCUGGCUGAGUCAUACCAAAGACUAUACAAAAGGGACCCAUUACCUCCCUGAUUGGCACUCAGCAUCACAGGUUGGAAUUGGGGGUUAAAAUCACCAAAAUGAUUCCCGAUCCCUGCCACUGUUGCUGCUCACUGCUCCCCUCACCUCCCAGGGAGUGGAAUAAGAGGUUGGGUCAAAUGCAGAGGUUAAUUUCUCCACACUUAGUGUGUAUGUGACUAUCAGUGGUACUUUAAUGUUAUCCAAGCAGGCUGAUUCUAUUCAUGCCAAAAGGCUAGACAGGACAGCUAAGGCUACAGCCAAUCAGAUUCAAUCAAUUCAUGCUCAAAUACUAAAUAGGCCAGCUCAUACUAGAUCCGUCCUAUCUAGUUUGCUCUCUCAUCCGGGCAGGCUUCCUCCGUUAAUGCACAAAGACUAGAUAGGGCUGCUCCAACUAGAGCUGAGCAAGAUUCAUCCAUUUAUGCUUAAAAACUAGAUAGGACAGCUCUGACUAGUGUUCUUUAGGCAUGAACUGAUGAAGCAUGCCCGGAUGAGAAGAAAAAUUAAUAAGAGGGGUGACUAGAUAGGGCAGCUCUAUCUUCUCCAGACUAUAUAAAACAGCUUAGUUCAGUUCAUGCUCGCAGACUAGAGGAGGGGUCAGACUAGAGUUACAGUACAUGGGCAUGAACUGAUGAAGCCUGCGCUAAUGAGAGGAGAUCUGGUAGUACAGCUCUAGUCUCUGCUGUCCUAUCUAGUUUCCCCUCUCAUCCAGACAUUCUUCAUCAGUUCAUGCUUAAAGACUAGAUAGGGCAACUAAGCAGGCUUCAUCCAUUUAUGUUUAAAUGCUAGUAGGACAGCUCAGACUACAGCUGAGCAGGGUUCAUCAAACUAUACUCAAAUAUUAAAUGUGACUCUUCUUUGGACAUAAACUGGUGAAGCCUACUCAGAUGAGAGGGUAAACAAAUGUGCGAGCAAGGGAGAUUGAACAGCUAAGACUAGAGCUGUCCUAUUUAGUUACCACUUUCAACUGUAAAAACUUAAUCAGAUCAACCCAAAGACAAGAUGGGACAGCUAAGACUACGGUAAGGUUCAUCCAUUUAUGUUUAAAGACUAGGACAUGCCCAAAGACGAGACCAGAGUUCAGUGAGCAAAAACUGAUGGAGCCUGAUGAGAGGGGAAUCGAAUCAAAGGUGAACCAAGAUAGAGCUAAUAACAAACAAUCCUGCUCAGGUAAGAGAGAACUUUAGAUAGGGCAGCUCUCGUCGUCUUCAGGACAGCUGAGACUCAGUCUUGACCAGUCCAGUUGUGAUGGAUUCAAUGGCUUGAGACGACAAUGAC